AUGAGUUCUUUCGUCGACUCGGCCCGGAAGGAUGCAGAGAUCGGGUUGAAAAGGGACAAGCCUUCGUUAAUGAUUUUGGAACUCAUGCUGCCAGAAGCCCUGCUGGAACAGGCCACGAAAACAUUCAGCAGAGAGGACAUGGACAAUAUUCGAAAAAUCGGGCGUCUGAUGGAGCGAGUUGAGGUGUUGGAGGCCGAGAAUCGGGCUCUGAAGAAAAAGAACACCGAGUUCAAAGACAAGCAAGCAAAGAUGGUGAAGCUGCUUACGGAUGAAUGA